UUCUGGUUUUCUUAAUCAGAGGGGUAAUGGUGGUUAAGAUGAUAAAAUGGCGGCCAUGGCCACCUCUAUUGUUGAAGAAAUUCGAAGUCAAGCUGGUUCUCCGAAGACUUGAAAGGUUUCUUCCUCCAGUUGUUCCGGCGGAAGGAGAGAAUUUGGUGGCGGAGGUGCCAAGAUUAGUGGUGGAGAUCAAGUGGAAAGGCUCGAAGAACGGUUUGACUUCCCUGAGGAGGACAGUGAAGAGAAACUUCACCAAGGAGGAGGAUAUGCAAAGUGAUGGCGUUGUUCAUUGGAACGAGGAGUUUCUUUCCGUUUGUAACCUUACUGCUCAAAAGGACAACACUUUCAAUCCGUGGGAGAUCGCAUUCACCGUCCUUAUUUGCUCGAAACAAGGGCAAAAGAAUAAGGUCUCUGUUGUUGGAGCAACAACUUUAAACCUUGCAGAAUUUGCUUCUGCAGCUGAAGGGAAUGAGCUUGAAAUUAAUAUCCCUCUCAUUCAGCCUGGUGGUAGUACUGAGCUUCGUCCUGUUAUCUGUAUGUCUCUUAGUUUAUUGGAAUUAAGAGCCACCCAAGAACCUGGUGAGAUGAUGCAGAGAUCUAUGGUUCCUCUUCCACCAUCACCCCCAACUGGCGAAAUCGUCUCAAUUGAGAAAGAUGAAGUUUCUGCCCUUAAAGCAGGUCUGCGAAGAGUAAAAAUACUUACUGAAUAUGUGUCUACUCGAAGAGUGAAGAAGGCAGGCAGUGAGGAAGAGGGUAGCGAGGGCAGAAGCUCCCCAAGAAGCGACGAUGGUGACUGCACAUAUCUUUUUGACACAGACUCACCGGAUGAUUAUGAUGGUGGAGAAUUGGAGGAUGAGAAGGUGGAUGCUAGUUUCAGGAAAUCAUUCAGUUAUGGUACAUUGGCCCAUGCAAACUGUGUUGGAGGUUUAUUUUACUCCGAGAUGAGAAUCAAUGCAGAGAAUGGGGACUGGAUUUACUACAGCAAUCGCAAAUCUGAUGUGGGGUCCUUGAAUUUGGAGUCAAUGGCAUCAGUUUCACAGCAAUCUCUACAGCAGAGUUCAAAGAGGAGCAUCUUGCCUUGGAGGAAACGGAAACUGAGCUUCAGAUCUCCUAAAACAAAGGGGGAACCACUUUUGAAGAAAGCCUAUGCAGAAGAAGGUGGGGAUGACAUUGAUUUUGAUCGUCGGCAGCUCAGUUCCUCUGAUGAGUCCAAUCGAGGGUGGUCCAAGGCAGAUGAGGAUUCAACUGCGAAUAGGUCAUCAGUGUCCGAAUUUGGGGAUGAUAAUUUUGCAGUGGGGAGCUGGGAGCAUAAGGAAAUAACAAGCCGUGAUGGACACAUGAAGCUACAGACUGGAGUUUUCUAUGCUGCAAUUGAUCAAAGAAGUGGGCGGGCUGCAGGAGAAAGCGCAUGCACAGCCCUGGUUGCUGUUAUUGCUGACUGGUUCCAGAACAACCGAAAUGACAUGCCUAUUAAGUCCCAGUUUGACAGCCUGAUCAGAGAAGGUUCAUUAGAGUGGAGAAACCUCUGUGAGAAUGAGAGCUAUAGGGAGCGGUUUCCUGACAAGCACUUCGAUCUUGAGACAGUCCUCCAGGCCAAGAUCCGGCCUCUAUCUGUUGCCCCUCAGAAGUCGUUCAUUGGUUUCUUCCAUCCGGAUGGCAUGGAAGAUGGUGGUUUUGACUUCCUUCAUGGUGCUAUGUCUUUUGACAACAUUUGGGAUGAGAUCAGCCAUGCUGGAUCAAAUUGCCCCAGCAAUGGUGAUCCCCAGGUGUACAUUGUCAGCUGGAAUGACCACUUUUUUGUUCUCAAGGUUGAACCAGAGGCUUACUAUAUCAUUGACACAUUAGGGGAAAGGCUCUAUGAGGGGUGCAAAGAGGCAUACAUUCUAAAAUUCGACAAGGACACAACAAUCCACAGAUUGCCUAAGGAGGCACAGUCAGAGGGAAAAACUGCUGGGGCUCAGCAGAAGGCAACAACAGCAGCCGAAUCUGCAAAGCUGCCCCAGCAGAACAACCUCAAGGAGGAUGCCGCUGCUGGACCAUUAGUUUUAAAGCCAGAGGAAUCAAAAUACAGUGAAGGAGAAGAGGAGGUUGUGUGCAGCGGGAAGGAGUCAUGUAAGGAAUACAUCAAGAACUUCUUGGCCGCUAUUCCUCUAAGGGAAUUACAAGUAGAUAUCAAGAAGGGAUUUAUGGCAUCAACACCUCUUCAUCAUCGACUACAGAUUGAAUUUCACUACACUGAGUUUCUACAGCCAACACCUGAGCCUGAGCCUGAGCCCGAGUCCAAAUCCGAGCCCGAGCCUGAGCUUGUAACUUCACCACCAGAAGCAGCAGCAGCUGCUGCAGCAACUAUAGUCAUCCCAAUGGCAUUUGCAGUAGCAGCGUAUUAG